GUUCACAUAUAUUGAACCAAAUCUGUCAUAUAGACAUAUAGCAUGUCCGUUCAACAAGAAGAUGUUAUUCGACCCACGGUAAAUUUUCCGCCGAGCGUUUGGGGUGAUGUGUUUUUGGCCUAUGAACAGCAAGAAGUAGAAGAAGGGAUAGAAAAAGUGGUUGAUGACUUGAAAGAAGAAGUGAAGAAAGAAAUAUUGGCAAGUUUGAAUGAUCCGACUAAACAUUUGAAUUUGUUAAAGCUGGUUGAUGCUACCCAACGCCUUGGAAUUGGAUAUUAUUUUGAGAAGGAGAUUAAUCAAGCCUUGCAACAAGUCUUUGAUGCAUAUGGCGAUCAUAACUGGAAUGGUGCAGGUACCUCCUUGUGGUUUCGACUCAUGCGACAACAAGGUUUCUUGGUCUCAAGUGAUACUUUCAAGACCUACAGGGAUAAAGAUGGAAGUUUUAAUGAGUCCUUAAAAAGUGAUCUUGAAGGUUUACUUGAUUUGUAUGAGGCAUCGUAUCUGAGCAUGCCUGGUGAGGUCAUACUAGAUGACGCUCUUGAUUUUUCAAGAAAAUGUCUUGAUGACAUGGCAAAGAAUCAUCUUUUAAGCAACCAUGUUCUUUCUAACGAAAUACAUGAAGCACUAAAGCAACCUUUACAUAAAAGGUUGCAAAGACUCGAGGCAAUACGUUACAUACCUUUCUACGAACGCCAGACCUUUCAUAAUCACUCAUUACUAAAACUUGCCAAGUUAGGGUUUAACCUGCUUCAGUCUCUCCAUAAAAAGGAGAUUUGCCAAAUAUCCAAGUGGUGGAAACGCUUUGAUAUCCCAACCAAUGUACCAUAUGCAAGAGAUAGGUUGGUUGAAUGCUACUUUUGGGCAUUAGGGACCCAUAGCGAGCCUCAGUAUUCUGUAGGUAGAAUGUGGGUAGCUAGAGUUCUUGCGUUAGGAACACUUAUAGAUGAUACCUAUGAUGCUUACGGAACAUAUGAAGAACUUGUGAUCUUUACAGAAGCCAUUGAGAGGUGGUCAAUUACAUGUGUGGAAGACCUGCCGGAAUACAUGAAACUUCUAUACCAAAUACUCAUGGAUCUUCAUGAAGAAAUGGAGGAAUUCUUGGCGAGAAUGGGAAAACUCCAUCAACUUAAUUAUGUCAAAGAGACGAUCAAAGAAUACAUUAGAAGCUAUAUGGUGGAAGCAAAAUGGAACCAUGAAAACUAUACUCCAACAGUGGAGGAGCACAGAGAUGUUACAUAUAUCACUACCGCAUAUAUGGUUCUUCUUGUUUCAAGUUUUGCUGCUGAGGGUAAUGUAAAAACAGAUGAGCUAUUCCACUGGCUUUUCAGCUAUCCUCCUAUUGUCAAAGCAAGUUGUGGGGUAUGCAGGGUGAUGGAUGAUAUUGUCACCCACAAGUGGGAACAAGAAAGAAAGCAUGUUGCCUCUGUCAUCGAAUGCUACACGAAGGAACUUGAUGUCAAUAAGGAACAUUUACCAGGUUUUUUCAAUGAGAAAGUUGAAGAUGCAUGGAAAGAAAUGAAUAAAGAGUCCAUCACAUGUAAAGAUGUUAAAAUGACAAUAAAUAUACGAGUUAUUAAUUUAGCACGUAUAAUGGAUCUCUUGUACAAGAAUAAGGACCAUUUCACACAUGUUGGAGAAGAACUCAUAAGUCAUGUCAAGUCUCUUCUUGUCGACCCUAUCUUCAUAUGAGUUCCAAUACUCAUUAGUUAUAAUUCAACAUGAACCACAUAAUAUUUCAUCGUUCUUGUAGUUUUUUAUUUAAUUUCUCAUGUAAUUUUGUGUUUUAUUUUUGUUUUAAUUUCGUGUUAGUUUAAUAAUGUAUUUUUUUUUCAACUAGUUUAAUAUAUAAGUUUGUAAUAUUAUAAUAUAUUCAAUAUUUGCAUCAAUAAAAAUAUAUUA